AUGUCGUCGCUGGAGCGGCUGGUGCGGGCGCUGGAGACGCUGCGGACGUCUCCGGCGGCGCCGGCGGCCCCGGCCGGCUCGCCCAGCGAGGCCGCCUCCUCGCUGCGCUCCAGUCUGGCUGACCUGCGACCGGCCGCCAUGCUGUUCAGGCAACGGGAUGCGCCGUUGACGAGCCGGGAUAAGAAGCAAUGCUGCAGCCACCUGGCCGACGGCAUCGUAAGCGUAACGCUGCGCACCAACACGGACCUGCUGCAACGCCAUCUACCGUCAGUGGUGGAAACGCUGCUUCAACUGGCCGACGAUGGCGACGCUGAUGUGCGGACCGCCGCCGACGAAAGUUUCAACAGGAUUGUGCGGGGCCUGUGCGAGAACAACAUGGGCCGGCUGCUGGUGGAGCUGUACCGCGGGAUCAAGCAGAACCACAGCCCCCGGGCCGUGGCCUCCGCCCUCAGCCGGUUUGCCGAGCUCUCAAACAGAAUCAGACCGCAGAAGCGGCGGGCGUAUGUGGUAAACCUGUUUCCGUGCGUGGUGCGGCUCUCGCGGCGCACCGAGCCCGCCCUCCAGGAGAGCCUCUCGGCCGCGCUCGUCAAGAUGGCGCCUGUGCUCGGCGUCUUCUUCACCGACGGCGAGGUCAAGGCGCUGCUGCGCGCCUUCCUGCCGAACUUGGAGCUGAGCGCCGCGUCGGCACGCCGAGCCGCCAGCCAGGCCAUCGUCGCGCUGGUCUCCCAGUGCCGCAAGCCCGAGUUCUUCCUGCCCUGGCUGCUGGCCACGCUGAUCGACUCCGUGGUGCCGGCGCGCUCCGAAGCCAGCUGUGACCGCGUGCGGGGCGUGCUGCUCUGCCUGCGGGACAUCAUCCCCCUGCUGGACGAGCUCUGCGACGCGCUCAGUGUGGAGCGCCUGCUGCAGCUGUACGAGCUGCUGCUGCACUAUGUCCAGCACGCCGACCACAACGUGGUGACGGCGGCGCUGGACGCGCUGGGUCAGCUGCUGCGCGCGCCGCCGGCCGAGCUGCUGGCCACCCUGCUGACCGAGGGUGCCGUCACCCACAGCCGCCUGCUGCCCGACCAGCAGCCGCUGGCUGCCAGCAAGGCGCCCAGCGUGCUGAGCGUGGCGCCCUCCUGCGGCGGCGACGAGCUGGACGUGGCCGACACGGACUCGCUGAUCUGCCGACGGUAG